UACACGGUGGACAAAUACCAGCAUGUGGAAUAGCGCUACAACGUAAAGAAGGUAGGCAAACCUUGACACAUCGACUACCGGACGGAGUUUUAACUUACAUAAAUGGAUACCAGCGUGUCAAGUGGGUUUCGAGACCUGAACGACUUUCUUCAAAAACUUAACUCCGGAUCUUACUUGCAAUCUGACUUUAGUAAACCAAAAUGUCAAACAAUUAAAGAAUGUCUUCUAAUGCUUGAAUCACACGUGGGUAAAGAGCACAUUGAUGUAUCUGCCAUUCGAAGUAUUUUACAUUCUGCCGAAAGAGGGAAUGCUCAAGGCCUGGAUUCCACUGCCGUAAGCAGAGCACUGGAGGAAUACAGACAACUUGCUUCUCUCUUACAAAACCAGGAACAUGAUCACCACAACAGCAAAGAAUCUUCUCAUUAUGAAAGUCACCAGGACCAAGAAACAUUGUCUAGAUAUGGCAACAGUAAACGACAACGAGAAAUACCAAAAGUUGCAUCUACAUCUGAACAUAAAGGACACUACCCAACGGAGUCUUCUACUUACAGAGGAAAACAUGAACAGGACAGGAACAAGGCAGAUAUGGAAAGAGAGAUACAAGAGUUAAGAACGAGACUCAGUAGUGUGGUCGGUGCCAAGCUGACGGCUGGUAAUACUUCUUUGGCAGACCUAAGCGACCCCAACAGACCUACAAGUAUUGCCGAGCAACAUCGUGAACUGUACAACGAUGUCUGGGCGAACGCUCUCGAGGAGCUAACAUUAAAAGACAGAAAUACAGAAAAGAAGGCUGUGCUGGAACUUGGCAACAUCCUCAAGAAAACAUAUGAAAUUACAAAGCAGCUUUCAAAAGAGUCUGCAAAGAGCAUGGUAGAGGCAAUUAUGGCAAGUUUACAUAAUAUUGGAGUUCCACAAAGUACACAGCUUAGUGGACAUGCGGCCGACAGUGCGGGGACUCUGUUGGCUCAUGUCCAUGCGAUCAGAAGGGAGAACGUGGAAAUGUCCAUACCCCAAAUCAAACAGGAAUGCUGCAAGGAGAUGAAGACCCUAGACAAAAGGUCACAGCCAUGCGUCUAUCAGUAUGCGACACAGUGUGCCCGCCUCACGUGGCUGAUGAACAUUCAGGAUCCUCCUCUUGUCCUAAAGUGGGCGAAAGAGGGGGAGCCCUUCCAGUCCCAGUACUUCAGCGAAUAUACAUCGAGGGGCACUACAGUGGACUUCACCGCGUGGCCAGCCCUUUUAAUCCAGGAAAAUGGUGCAAUACUAGCAAAAGGGAUUGCUCAACCAAAGAGGAAAUAACUUCAUAUGAGUGAUAAGGAUUGUCAGCAAACCUAACGAGAUGAGAUCCGUUCGAUAAAUAAGAUGUUGCUUUUCAGACAUUUAGUUCAGGACACAUAUACAGUAAACAGUAGUACGUGACAGCACUUAGCCAAGAACAGACUAUAUAUAUAUAUAUAUAUUAGAUUGCUAGUCAUUUGCAUCUGCAGUUUUUUUCACUCCGUCCACAACAUAUAGGUGCGUGUAAUAUUAACAUUUUAUAUGCUAUAUUAGAAGAGAGAAUUACCAUGGCUUUACGCAAGAAAUAAUAUAAAGCAUCGUUCCUAAGUCAUACAAGUAUUCCCUGAAUCCACGGUAACUAGACUAUGAGGAUUAUAUUAGAGGGAAGUAGAUUAUAAAGGAGAAACACGAAACACUUAGUCAAAGACAAGUUUUGCUGUAUGUUCCCUCGUGUCUCUGGCAUGAGGAUUUAAUAUCCAAGGUAUUUGUUUUACGAUAAACGAGAUAAUAAUGGUUUUGAACACGGUUUGUAAAAACCAAGAGAUAAACAGAAUUAAUACAGUAGCAAAACAAAUAAUUUCCGCAAAUAGACAAUAAAGUUAUUUAUAAAAGGAAUCUUAUCAGCUUUCAAUCUC